GCUUAUAAUAGCGCAGAUAUAAGCAUAACAAAGAAAUCAUUAUUCUUUAUAUUCUAUAAAUAUAAUCUAAUAGCUUAUUAUAAAGCAUUGCUAGAAGCAGAUGCAGAAACUGCAGAUAAAAGAAUUAAGAAGAUUAAGAAAGUUCAGAAGAAAUUCUAA